AUGGCAAAGAAAAACAUGAUGGAGAUCCAUUAUUUUGCCGGGCAUGAAAUCAGCAUAUGGGAGUCUCUCGAUUCAUUUGGUUCUGUCAUUUGGCCAGCAGCUCUGGCUCUGUGUCAACACCUUGAGUACAAUCAAGCAACAGUUGAUCUUGUUGACAAUGUGGUGGUAAAAAUUGGAGCUGGCACAGGCGUGUCCAUCGUGGCCAGUCUAUUGAGGGCUUGGCUGACAGCAAGUGACCUGCCUGAAGUACUCGGAAACUUGAGAUGCAGCCUGUCCAGAAACACACGGGGCUGCUGCAGACACACGCUGCAGGUGGCAGAGCUCUCUUGGGGUUAUGAGCUCAAUAAUACCUUCCCUCAUUCAGUCUACAGACACGACUACAUAUUAGCAGCUAAUGUGGUCUAUUAUCAUAACUACCUAGCAGAAUUACUGGUCACUAUGCGCCUCUUCUGCCAGAAGGGCAGAACCCUUAUAUGGGCCUACAAGACACGCUUUGAUUCUGAUCUGGUGUUUGAGGAGAUUACAUUCAACACCACCCUGCAGGCAGACAGCGGAGAGGUCAAGAUUUACUCUGUCACCACAAGAGAAAAAAGUAGACUAGUGAUGUCAAAAGAGACUAAAGGGGUUGCGAGGAAAGGAGUGGAUGAGUAUGAAACUGUCAAUGAAAAGACAAAGAAAAAGAUGAACAAAGGAAAGAUCAAACAGACAGAACAAAAGUUCAUACAACAGGUUCAAGAAUAUGAAAAGAAAGAUGAACAAUUUAGAGAAGAACAGGCUACAGGGUAUGUUGAUGUGAAAAACCAUAAGGAAACAUUAAAGUUGGAGGAUGGACAUUUGAUCGAUAUCAAAGAUGAGGAGGACAACACAAACCUUGAAACUGAACCUGAGGAUAGUGAAGAUGAAGACAAUGACGGCUGCUGUGAGAUGGAUUCAACAUUUGUAGAGCAGAAAUCCGGUUAG